AAAGUUCCAGUAGAAACCUAUCUCAUAUGGCGGGAAAGUCACCCGAAUAAUAGAUUCAACGGAAGUCAAGAUACGACUGGUAUAGAAGAAUCCACCAGAAUGAACAAUCAUCCUAGUGCUGAUGGAAGCCAAAGCGAGAAUGAUUCCGACGAAUUUUCAAAUAAUCAGGGGAUUGUAGUGAUUCUUGGGAGAUGGUGUGCCGUGUGCGGUCAAACAAUUGACAGCAGUUCAAUGGGUAUUCAGCCUUGCUCUUGUGGCUAUUAUGCGCACCCAGAAUGUAUUUUGAUGUUAAUACGGAACUUUGAGGCAGCUCAACCAGGCUGUGGACGUCUGGGAUGCCGAAACUGCAAAACCAGAUACAACAUCACAGUAGACAAGAGCCUGGCUGUUAGGGCGCUAGAUGCGGCCUCUAACAUGUACGGACGACUCUGCCACGUGGGAUAUGCAGGCCUUAUAGUGGUUCUGGCAGAUAUCUUCUUGACCUUUCACGGAACAUUUGUCUUAACAGAGAUAUAUGGACCAAAUGCUGCCAAACUGAUGCUGUUUUCCAUGAAUCCGUUCAUGGCUAUGGCGGUUUGUAGAGCCAUUCCCCUCAUUAGUGUCACCGUCAACUUCAUUCCAUGGGAGGAUAAGCUUUUGAAACUAUUACGCCGGUGCUCGGAGCUAAGUUUACCAGUAGUCGGAAGAGUGUUUCCCUCAAUACACGCUGAUGUGGAGGAAGACGACAGUAAGGUGAAGGCCGGUAGACUGGUAGGAGGACUUCUGUUGCCCAGCUUUGCCACCAUUGUGGGAACCGCACUGUUCGACACCCUAGCAUCUCCUCUCUCACGAUGUGUCCUUGGUGGUCUGACCCUCGUGGGGGUCAGAGGUCUGAUACAAAUGUACUGUAGACAGAAACUGUACACCCGUCAGGCUCUGCUGGCUGUUGAACCUUAUCGCGAGGAUUGAAUUAUGAAGAAUCGUCUAAACUUUGUGAUUUAAACAAAUCAAAUCAUGUCAAAUUGUUUGUCAAUAUUAUGAAUAAACUGACACUUUU